AUGCGAAGGUCCACAGCCGGAAAGUCGAGAAAGGAGAUCUCUGGAAUUGCCGAUGAGGAAAUUGCUCCACCUUUUCGAGCCAUGCACGACUCCCUCUUCGUCACAGCUUUGGCGAUUGUUGGGCUCGGGUGGUACGGCGCCAUUUGGUCCAUCUGUCUCUUGGGUCUUAGCUUGUCUCGCCAGUUCGCACGUUCAGAGGCUCCGCGAUCCCCACUCUCACCACCUCGCUCCUCGACCAUCCUCACCAAUCAGUCGCAAGAUUCGAGCAGUCUCGAUUCGAUCCUCCAUCGACAGCAGCUGCAUCACGAACAGCACGCAGAAUCUGUCCCUGGCGUUUCGAUCCUCCGCCCUCUGAGCGGUCUCGACAGCAACCUCUUCUCGAACCUCUCCUCCUCUUUCACUCAGGACUACCCUAGCUCGCGCUAUGAGGUCAUCCUCUCUAUCCGAGAUACUCGCUCACCGGAGACCCAAAAAGUGCUCAACGUCGCUCGAAUGGUGGUUGCUGCCCACCCCACUAUCGAUGCGCGCAUCAUUGUUGGCGAACAGAUUGCAGGUGUGAAUCCUAAAAUCAACAACCUCGUCCGCUCCUACGCUGCUUCCAAGUACGAUAUCGUCUGGGUCGUCGACAGCCAGGUAUGGUCCCCGUCUGGAGCGCUGGCACGGGCCGUCGACAGCCUCUGCGCUGAUCCACUCACCAGGCCCCGUCCUUCUCCCAGCUGGUUGUCCCGCGAUCCUCAUGGCGGUCGUGUCGGACUUGUGCACCACGUCCCCUUCGCUGUACUUCCCAGCACCUCGUGGGGGUCCAGGAUCGAACGCGUAUUCCUCUCCACCACACACGCAAAGAUGUACCUCGCGCUCAACGCCCUGUCCAUCGAUUCGUGCGUCAUGGGUAAGAGCAACAUGUACCGUAAAUCCGACCUCGCUGCCGUGUCCGACUCGUUCUUCAACGUUUCGAACCACGGCAGUCAGGGCGAAGAUGGUGCUAUCGGCAGCUUUGCCUUUUCGCACCAACCUCAGCUCCCCUCUCGAUCCGCCGGAAGCGGGUCUGCUUCACCUUCUCUGCAGGGGUCCAAUCCCAACACUAGCCAAGAAGAGCUAUCCAACGAUCAAGUCAAGUCGCUCUCGCGUCCGUUGGCACGCUUCUCCAUCUACCUGGCCGAAGACAAUAUGCUCGCACAGUCACUCUGGGAUCCACCGCUCGGCCUGUCGCACACCUUGUCCUCGUCCGAUCUCGCCUACACUUCCGUCGGCGACAUCCGCACGUUGGCCGACUACACGAGUCGGCGCAUGCGCUGGAUCCGAGUUCGCAAAUACAUGUGGCUCGCACCAACCCUGCUCGAGCCAUUUACCGAAUCUAUCAUCUCGGCUUUUGUCGGCUGGUUCGCGCUCUCAACACUCAUAUUUCCCGUCCUCUUCACCUCCACACAAUCGCUGUCGGUAUGGAGCCUACUGCUCUUCCUGGUCGUUCAUUUCGGCGCAUGGUUCGCCGUCGAUUACGCCGUCUUCCAGCGCUUGUCGGUGGCGCACGAGUUCCUGGCGUGCAAUCCAGGCGUAGAUCACGCCGACAGCAUGAGCGUCGUCGAGUUUGCCGCGGCUUGGGUGAUGCGCGAGGCGUUGGCGCUUCCCAUCUGGGCGUGGGCAAUCCUCGGAAGCACGGUUUCGUGGCGCAACAAGACAUUCCGCAUCCUCAAAGGCGGCCGCGCUGCCGUGGUCUCGAGCUCUCCCGGAGCACACAGAAUGACUUCGAGACGGUCCAAGUACAACGAUGUACACGAUGAGGAUCUGGAUCCCCUUUUACAUUCAAACGGCUAG